AUGGAUGAUGGCUUAGAUUCAAUUCAUAACGAUGAUAUCGGAGUACAGCUUUAUGAAGAGUUAUCUGUUCUGUGGGACAAGGCGGGGAUGCAUGCCCGAAAAUGGGUUUCAAAUUCAAAAGCAGUACUUGAGAAAAUCCCUGUGGAAGACAGAGCUUCUGAGAUAAGUCUAGAUGAGGGUCAGUUACCAUCAGUAAAGACGCUAGGAGUCAUGUGGAUGGCGAGCGAAGACGUUUUCACUUUCCGUUGUGUCCCACCAGAAGAGGACUUCAUUGUCACAAAGCGUAACUUCUUGCGAAAGAUAGCGACAAUAUUCGACCCAAUGGGCUUUCUUUCACCCUUGAUAAUCAGAGCAAAGAUUUUUAUGCAGGAAUUUUGGACUCUUGGAGUUGACUGGGAUGAUCAAAACCUCGGCGAAAUAGGAGAAAAGCUGAGAUGCUGGUUCACGGACCUGGACAACCUGCAGCAGGUGAAAAUACCAAGAUGCCUGCGCUCCUGCGAUGCGGAAUGUCCGGUCAGCCAAGAAAUCCACACCUUCGUCGAUGCAUCACAGGACGCUUACGGUGGCAUCACAUACAUGCGGACAUGUUAUGAGGGUGGCCAGGUGAUUGUGAGAAUUAUCGCAUCUAAAUCUAAGGUAGCACCACUGGUUUCAUGCAGCAUACCACGACUGGAGCUGAUGGGGGCGAUCGUUGGAUUGCGACUGACAAAUGCAAUUUGCUUAGUUUUGGAUAUCCCAUUGAAAGAUGUCACUUACUGGACCGAUAGCCUCAAUACAUUAUGGUGCAUUAGAGGUCGCAGUCGUGAAUUUAAGCCGUUUGUAGCGAAUCGGAUUGGUGAAAUCCAUCGGCAGAGCAACCCGUACCAGUGGCGACAUGUGCCGACUAAAGACAAUCCAGCUGAUAUCCUUUCAAGAGGUGCCAAAGUUCAGGACAUGAAUGAUAGCCUUUGGUGGAGUGGCCCAGAGUUUCUGGUGAAGGAGAAAGAUGACUGGCCGAUCAACCGCUGUGAAAGCAAGAACAUCGAUAAGAGUGAAUUGAAGAAGGGAGAAAGGACCCUGGUCACGGUGCCAUUGAAUGAACAGCAGGAUGAUGAGACCAUAGUCCCAGAAUGGCGUCUCGAUCCAUUACGUUAUUCAAGUUGGCACCGGCUUUGCCGAGUACAGGCAUGGGUAUACCGCUUCUUAGAGAACUCUCGGCGAAAAAGAGAGGAGCGUCAGACAGGGGAGUUGACGCCAGACGAGCUACAGCAAGUUCAGAAUAUCAUCAUUAGCGAAAGUCAGAAAAAAGCCUUCCCAGGAGAGUACUGGGCGAUGACAGAAGGAAAGCCAAUCGGAAAGUCAAGCAAAAUCCUCAGUCUUUUUCCAAGAAUAGACGAUGAAGGUGUCAUACGCUGUAAUGGCCGUCUCAAGCACGCAGAAUUCUUGUCAUUUGACACCAGACACCCAGUCAUUCCACCACGAAAAGAUCACGUCACCAAGUUGAUUGUAAAAAGCUACCACGAGCAAGGUGGUCACAUCACAGGAGUAAACCAGACCUUGGCAGCUUUAUCAAGUCGAUUUUGGAUUGUUGCUGGGCGAGAAGAAAUUCGAGAUUGGGAAAGAGACUGCAAUGAAUGCGGACGGAGAAAAUGCAAAGUUGCAACUCAGAUAAUGGCUCCUCUACCCAAGACCAGAUUAAAGACAUCAGUUCGUGCAUUUACAAGAACCUCUGUGGACUUUGGAGGGCCAUUCAUCACAAAACAGCUGCGCGGAAGGGUACAGUUAAAGAGAUAUCUCUGUCUCUUCACUUGCAUGGCCUCACGGGCUGUGCACUUAGAAAUGGCCUACGGACUUGAUACUGACUCCUUUCUAAAUGCCUUUAAUCGCAUGGUAAACAGGCGCGGAGUUCCCGAAGAGGUCACAUCGGACAACGGUACCAAUUUUGUCGCUGGGAACAAGGAGCUGAACGACCUAGUAGAAAAUUUGGAUCAAGACAAGAUCAGCCGCGCAACAGCACGGAGGGGAGUCAAAUAG